AUGAAAAAUGGAAAGAUAAAGGAAAAGGUGAGGGAGGGUCAUGCUGGAGACUUCGAAAUUCAUGAAGAUGGAAGUUUAAGAAUGGAAGGAAGGUGGUGUAUACCCGAAGCUUGUGAAGAUUUGAAAUUGAAAAUCAUGGAGGAAGGUCAUAAUUCUCCAUAUUCGAUGCACCCAGGGGGUGAUAAGUUGUAUAAGGAUUUAAAGAAGAAUUUCUGGUGGGCUCGUAUGAAGUUGGACAUAGCGGAAUUUGUUUCCAAAUGCUUAACAUGUCAAAAGGUGAAGAGUGAACAUAAAAGACCCCAAGGAAAAGUCCAACCUUUAGAUGUGCCAGGAUGGAAGUGGGAUUCUAUUUCGAUGGAUUUCGUUGUUGCGUUACCUAAGGGUAAAUCUGGAAUGAUACGAUAUGGAAGUCUACAACAGGUUAAGAUGAUCCAAGGAAAGAUUAAGGCAGCCCAAGAUCGUCAGAAAAGCUAUGCUGAUCUGAAGCGUAGGGAAGAAGAAUAUGAAUUGAGACGGUAUAUCCCAGAUAAAUCGCAUGUGUUGCAGCCUGAAACAGUUCAAAUUGAUGAGAACUUGUCUUAUGAAGAAAGGCCUAUUAAGAUUUUAGACAGUAAGAAGUCUGAAGAAGCAACAUGGGAAGCAGAGGCUGACAUGCGAAAGAAAUAUCCAGAGUUGUUUGCAGAAGGUUAG